UGUUUUUCACAUUGCUAAUCAGCUAUGUGUAUCUCUGUCUAAGGCUGAAUAUGAGUUUUUUGGUAAACUAAUAGACACCUUAUUAUUGUUUCCCGUUGACAGCUGUAGUAAAAGUCAAAGUAUUUUUUGUGAUUUUUCCACAGUUUACGACGAUUAAUGCAAAUAAUUUCUUCUACUAAUAAUUAAUAAAUAACAAUCUUGCAAGAUGGGUAAACGGCAGCACCAAAAAGAUAAAAUGUAUUUAACAUACACAGAAUGGACGACGCUAUACGGUGGUAAAAAGUCAGGCACAACUGCGGAGGAAACAAAUUUCAAACGAUUGCCAUUUGACCAUUGUUGCUUGUGUCUCCAGCCUUAUGAUGACCCAUACUGUGAUGCAGAUGGCAACGUGUUUGAACUACAGGCUAUUAUAGAAUUUGUUAAGAAAUUUAAAAUAAAUCCAGUUACUGGGAAGAAAUUUGAUAUCAAGUCAUUAACUAAGCUAAACUUCUUCAAAAAUGCACAAGAUGACUAUCACUGCCCUGUACUGUUUAAACCAUUUACAAAGAACUCUCAUAUUGUUGCUGUACGGACAAGCGGUAAUGUGUAUUCAUACGAGGCAGUGGAACAGCUCAAUAUCAAAGGAAAGAACUGGAAAGAUCUCAUCAAUGACACACCUUUUGUUAGAAAUGAUAUCAUCACAAUCCAGGAUCCGAAUAACUUGAAUAAGUUUAAUAUUUCGACAUUUCAUCAUAUUAAGAAUAAUUUGAGGGUUGAAACUGAAGAGGAGAUUGCCAUGAAAAAAGACCCACAUGCACGGCUAAAAACGGUGUCAGCUGAAACAAAAGAUAUUCUGCAGGAACUUGAGAAAGAAUACAAAGUUCCUGAAAAGGCAGAAGCUAAGAAAGAAGUGGCUGAUAAAUUCAACGCGGCCCACUAUUCAACUGGUAUGGUGGCAGCGAGUUUCACGUCUACCGCCAUGGUGCCAGAGACCACGCAUGAAGCUGCCAUCAUAUGCGAGGAUGAUGUUAUUUAUGAUAGGGUCAAGAAAAAAGGUUACGUUAGACUGGUAACAAAUUGUGGACCUUUAAAUUUUGAACUAUAUUGCGAUUUAACGCCAAAAGCGUGCGAUAACUUCAUGAAGCAUUGCAAAAAUGGAUACUACAAUGGCACCAAGUUCCACCGAUCCAUCAGGAAUUUUAUGAUUCAAGGUGGCGACCCAACUGGCACGGGUCUUGGAGGCGAAUCGGUGUGGAAAAAACCAUUUGAGGAUGAAAUCAAACCAAAUCUCCACCACACGGGCCGAGGCGUUCUAUCAAUGGCUAACUCUGGGCCGAACACAAAUGGAUCGCAGUUUUUCAUAACAUUCCGUUCAUGUAAACAACUGGAUGGCAAGCACACGAUAUUCGGCAAGCUCGUCGGCGGGCUGGAUACGCUCAACGCCAUGGAGCAAAUACAAGUAGACAACAAAGACCGGCCAAUACAUGACAUUGUUAUUGAAGUGGCUCAGGUGUUUGUGGAUCCUUUUGCUGAGGCAGAGGAACAGUUAGCAAUUGAAAGGGCUGAGGAACUCAAACGAAGAGCAGAGGAAGAAGGCCCAGGUGUAAAACCAAAAAAAGCGACAAAACAACCCCUAAAGGUGUUCAGACAGGGUGUUGGUAAAUAUCUGAAUCUGCAAGAAACUUCUGGGAGCAAAGCUAGUAAAACUCAAGAAGUGCCCGCUAAAAAGGCGAAACAAGGUGGUAGUGGAUUCGGGAAUUUCGAUGCUUGGUAGACAAAUUGUUGUGCACCGUUGAUGAGAUUGCAAUGCGUUCCAUCCAGGCUAUCACAUGAAUAUCUAGGAUUCUAGAUGGUCUGUAUGUUUUGUACCUACAAAACCAUUAUUUGUAUCAUCUCUACAGUGUCAAUCAUAUGUUUAGUUUAUCUUGUAAAUAGAAACUAUGUUACUUGUACUUAUAUAUUGAGGAAAGGAAAAAACUAAAAUAUAAAUCAAUAUAUUACCUACUUUUCAAAUAUCUGUAUUCAAUUUGGUGCAAUUGAUAACACUAAAUACAAGCGAUGGCUUUAGAGAAGACUUGAUUAUAUUAAUAUUUUUGGUUGGUGAUUAAAACAAGCAUAUAAAAUUUUUCUAAUUUGUUGACCUUAUAAAUGUACAGUUAGAAAAUAAAAUCAUUCUUUUUAAACAUA